UGCUGGGCUCACCUUGGGGUGCAGCCCGCAGCCCCGCUCUGACUGUAGCUGUGAUCUCCGGCCGGGAGUCGGUGUUCACUCGUUCUUUGGGUCGUAUCUUUGUAUUGAGGUCCACGUUUUAGCAAUAGGAUAAAAGGGGGAGGAGGCUGAAAGGAGCAUUGUCUCCUGAAAUGUCGCCCUUUGGAAUGGGCUGUCUGAAGGCAGGGGCUUGUGUCCAGUCUGCACUCCUGGCCGUCAUUCCCGCGGGAAUUCCUUCAGUACAAGUACGCUGCCUCUUGGUUUAUGAUGAAAAAGACUACAGGAGGAUUCGGUUUGUAGAUCGUCAGAAAGAGGUGAAUGAGAACUUUGCCAUCGAUUUGAUAGCAGAGCAGCCUGUGAAUGAGGUGGACCAUCGGAUUAUAGCCUGCGAUGGAGGUGGUGGAGCCCUGGGCCACCCCAAAGUGUACAUAAAUUUGGACAAAGAAACAAAAACGGGGACAUGUGGCUACUGUGGCCUGCAGUUCAAGCAGCACCAUCAUUAGUGUGGCUGUCCUGGUCCUCUGACACUGGUGCAAUACCUGUCUCCACGUGAGGUGUUUAGGUGUGAGGUCACCACUCUGUGAACGGUGUCCCUUCUUAUGAAUAAAAGAUGCUACCAUC